AUGGAUAAAGCCCAGUUCCGAUCGGUGAAGAAGUCAGGAAACUUUCCGGAACCCGAAAUGUCGUCUGAAAUAAAACAACCACUUUUGAGAAUUCUAGAAAAGAGACUAUCUGACUACAAAACUUCAAUAACUGAAGAUGAGGCAAUAUUGGAAAGGCAAGAAGUUUCAUUGAGGUUAAGAUAUGCUGUAAUGUUAAGAUUAAGUGAAAAAAGAAUACUUCAAAAGCAUAUCGAUUAUCUUAAGUUGUUUAAAGUUGAGGAUAACAAUGAGGGAGGUAGUAACAAGAGAAGAAAGCUGAAAUAG